AUGGCCGCCGAAAACCGGCCCGCGCAGCCCAAGGCCAUCCUGCGCGGACACAAGGCGCAGGUGCACGCUGCCGCAUUUGUGCGAGGCAACGAGCGGUUGCUGACAGGCGAUGCCGACGGGUUUGUCGUGGCCUGGGACCUGACCGUGAUGCGCCCUCGCGCGGUGUGGCGGGCCCAUGAGAACGCCAUCUUGGGCAUCGCAGGAUGGAGGGACGACCGGCUAAUCACUCAUGGGAGAGACAACAAACUCAUCGUGUGGAAAUUUACCGCCCAGGAAGAAGGCCAGUUGAGCACGAAACUACCGCUGGACGCAUCGACAGAAACCCGGCCGCAGCCAUGGAUGCUGCAUAUGCUGGAGGUCAACACCAUGAACUUUUGUUCCUUCUCUUACUGCCCCGCUACUGCAGGGUCGGGUGCCAUUGCUCCAGGCGAGAUUCUGGUAGCCGUGCCGAAUACCCUAGCCUCCGAAGCUAUCGACAUCUUCCACGUGCCCUCCCAAACCCGGCAGCACACAGUCAAACUCGGCGACAAAAACGGCAUGGUCAUGGCCCUCUCGCUCAUCCGCCAAGGCUCUUCUCUGACCUUGAUCGCGGGCUACGAGAACGGCGUGGCCAUCGUCGCCCAGCUCGGCGACCACGGCAACUGGGCCGUCCGCUACCAGGCAAAAUGCCACAACCAGCCGAUCUUGUCGUUGGAUGUCGACCCGAGCAGGGCCUUCUUCCUCACCUCUAGCGCGGACGCCAUCAUCGCCAAGCACCCACUACCGCCGUCUCUAGUAUCUCAGCCCCAAUCCUCAGCAGCACCACCCCCUACUCCCCCCUCAUCGACAACUCCCUCUUCCCAUCCCUCUUCCCAGCCCAAAUCCUCACCUCCCAUAUCCCUCCUCACAGCCGCCCUCUCCAACAACCCCCAACCGCCCACUCUCACACCCACCACAACCAUCCCCACAACAACCACCGCGAUGAUGUCCACACCUCUGAAAACCCUCAAUACCCACCACGCCGGCCAACAAUCCCUACACAUCCGCUCCGACAGCCGGAUAUUCGCUACAGCCGGCUGGGACGCACGCAUCCGCGUCUACAGCACGGCCACGCUGGCUGAGGUGGCCGUGCUCAAGUGGCAUGCCACGGGGUGUUUUGCUGUUGUUUUUGCUUCGCUGGCUGGUACGGGGACCGGAACGGGGGCGGAAGUGGGUGGUGAUGGGGUUGAUAGAGACGGUGCAGGUGAAGGAGGGAGUCAGAGUCGGGAAGUGGCUGUUGUACCGAAGCUGGUGGAAAUGACGCUGCGGGAGAAGAGGGUGCGACAGGCGAGAGAGGCGCAUUGGAUAGCGGCGGGGAGUAAGGAUGGGAAGGUUAGUUUGUGGGAUGUGUUCUGA